AUGGCUGCAGAAAAGAGCGAGAUCACGCCUGCUGGCCAGGGUCCUUUGGACCAAAGCAAUAGCAAUGCUGCAAUCGAUUCGGAGAGCAACCAAGAUGCCGUCUCAGCUCCGACAGAAGCUCUGCGCAAGCUAUGGACUAAAUUUCCGCUUACCUUGGCGUUCGUCGGGCUUUUCGUCAUGAACUUCAGCAUGGUAUUUGCCGCUUCUUCGGCUGGUGUUUAUGAUCCAUACGCGACGAGCCAUUUCCAAGGUCACUCGCUUAUUGCUACGGCAAAUAUCGUUCAUGGCAUUGUUCGCAUUGUCACUUAUCCACUCGUCGCCAAGGUAGCGGAUCAUAUUGGACGACCGCAGGGAUUUGCUGGGGCCGCGAUAAGCAUGGCUCUGGCCAAUGUCCUUUAUGCAGCGUGCCGCAAUGUCGAGACAUAUCUUGCUGGUGGAAUUUUUGAAUCGUUUGGCGAUACCUGGUGGACAAUCACUGAGCAGAUCUUCAUUGCCGAGGUAACAUCCCUGAUCAACAGAGGCUUCCUCUUUACACUCCCGGAAUCACUGGCUGCCAUACCAACGUUGUACGCCGGCACAUAUCUUGGCGAGCAUAUGCUGCUCAAGUCCUCAUGGCGCUGGGGCUUUGGCAUGUGGGCUGCCAUCAUGCCAUUCUGCGCGAUACCAACUAUCGCCGUUAUGGUUUUUAUGAGUCUGAGGGCACGAAAGAGGGGCAUAGUCAGCGAACGAACUUCAUUGAGAGCUGCCUCUGAGAUACCGAAAGGUGCUUCUUGGAUCGUCCAAGCUCGACAAGUCCUCUAUGUCCAGUUGGAUAUUGUUGGAGCGUUCUUGUUACUUGCGGGCCUAGCCAUGACGCUUCUUCCCCUUUCCAUAACCGGAAGACGCAACACCGAGAAGUGGACCGAGCCAUCGUCUAUCGUCUUGUUGGUUGUUGGUGUCCUGACAUUUGUUGCAUUCUUGAUCUGGGAUGGCCGGUAUGCUAAGAAGCCAAUUGUGCCUUUCCGCAUGAUCAAGAACCGCAACGUCAUACUUGCUUGCGCUUCGGUAUGCUUGAUUGCAAUGUCGGAUUCAACAUACCGAACAUUCGCGUCUAGCUUCUUGCAGGUUGCUGGUGGCUAUUCCCCGGGCCAUGCCGUUCGUAUUGACAAUUCCCGACGUGUCGCGUUGAACCUUGGUGGUCUUGUCAUUGGCUUGGCUAUUCGAUUUGUCAAGCACACUAAACCGUUCAUCAUCGUCGGAUUCCUGAUGGUAGCUCUAGCGAACGGACUUCCGAUCUUUUUUACAAAUAUCGACGGAGUUCGAGUCGCAAACGAAGCGUCAUUGACCACGGGACAGGUCCUGCUUGGCCUUGGCCGUGGUUUCGCACAGGUUCCACUCCAGGUCUCGUUGCAGGCCGCUGUUCCAGACCAUGAGAUUGGUAUUGCAACUGCCAUGUUCCUUUCGUCGUCUGGCUUCGGUGCCAAUGUUGGUAACAGGCAAGUCCCACACAGAUCCCUUCUUCCCAGUCUAUAUGCUGACAUGCUCUCUAGUAUCGGGGGAGCCUUAUGGAAUACUUUGCUUCCCCGCCGCCUCUCGGCAAAUCUACCUGAACAAGUCAAGGCCAACAGCACUGCAAUCUUUCGCUCCAUCGUCGUUGCACAGAGCUAUGAGUUGGGCACUGAGACUCGUGAUGCGAUUAAUCUGAGUUAUCGCAUGACACAACAGACCCUCGCUAUUGGAUCUCUAUCCCUGUCUAUUCCGCUGCUUUUGAUGAUGUUCUUCUUCCGAAAUGUCAAGUUGGCCAAGGAGGAUGAUGUAAGGAACGAGGUUGCCGAACAACAACUUGCUGCUGCAGGGCAGAAACUUGAGAGUGGGCAGAGUCAGCCAGGAGCAAAGAAGUAA